AAUUUUACUUAUUCAGAGCCUCUAGCUGAGGCAGUUGUGAAAAUAACUUGGUUAAAAUAUGUCGAAAGGACCAAGUGACUCGAGAUACUGGCGACCAGAUAACGACGAAGUAUCAAAUUCUGAAAAACUUUUAGAAAAAGCCAAAAAAGCUCCGUUUAUCCCGAUCGGAAUUGCUGGAUUUAUUGCUGCACUUGCUAUUGGUGCAUAUGGUUAUAGAAAUCGUGAUCCUUAUAUGACAACAAGCCGUUACUUAAUGCGACUUCGUGUAAUUUCACAAAGUAUGGUAGUUGGAGCGAUAUGUAUAGGACUGGGUUAUCAAAUAUAUAAUGAACACAAAGAUAAAAAAUAACUUAUUUAAAUUGAUGUAAACAGUUGCACAAUUUCGCUAGAUCUAUCAUAAGCAACUUAUGCA